AUGGCAUCGCCAUCGGCAUCUCAUCCUAUGGAGCCUUGCCAAACGGUCGAUCCAUUGUGGAACCUGGCGAAGACUGAGGCUCUGCGGCUAUGUCGUGUGUAUGAAGAGGAGAUGGGGAUCAUGUAUCCAGUCCUGGAGCUCUCGGAACUUCUAGAUCAAGUCCACUUGCUCUAUGGACCGAUGGACCGUACAAUUGGUCAGGGACUACAUUCCAGUGGGCAAAAUGGACUUGAUCUUUGGUGGGGUGUCUUACUGUGGCAAGAAGCGAAACUCCGUCGAGAUCACGAUGCUGACCUCAACUUGCAGUCUAUCUUUUAUUUUCAAAUGCACGAAGAAACGCUGGCAUGGCGGACCAUCGGCAUCGUCGAGCGCAUGUACUUGGAGAAGGGUCUUCACCGGCAAGAAACCCUGGACCAGCCAGCUAUUGUGGCUGAGGGCAAGGAUCGCGUGCUUCGAUUGUUUUGGUCAAUCUACGUCUUGGACAGGCGCUGGAGCUUCGGGACUGGGAUGCCGUUUGCUUUGGAAGACACGGAUAUUGAUCCUUGGCUACCAGAGCCCGCAGAGAAAACACCCUAUCUUCGAGUAAUGAUUCGGUAUAGUCGCAUCGCCGCCAAAGUGUGGAAGUUCAUCUCGGCAUAA